AUGGCCUGUAAAAAAUUUCAUGAGAAUAAAUUCGUUAUAAAAAUGUUUGGCUUAGUUGAAAUAAUAAUGGCAAUACGUUAUUGGAUGUUAUAUGAAAAUAAGAAACGUCAACGACGACAAAUACGUAUGCGUGGUAAUGCUGUUGGACGUUGGAAAGAGCAACGUGUUCGUAAAUUACGUGUGCAACGUUUACUAAAAGAAUCAUCAUCAUCAACAUCGGCAGGCAUGUAA